CCCUUUCACAAUUGGUGCACGAGCAGUAGCGACAAAAUAUUCAUGCGACCAAAAAAUUUUGAGUUGGAUCGUAUACUGUUGCUGAAAUAAUCGCAUAUGAAAAAGUAUUCGUACGAAAUUCGCACGAUCUAAAGCGACCGUUAUGCAUUAAAUCUUGCGAUAUAUCUUGCGUCUAUAUGCAAGUGUUGUACAAUGAAAGCGAGUGUUGUAAGAUAAUGCGAAAGGAUCGCGCAAGCAAUCAGGUGAUCGGACGACUGAACGUGGGCCAAUGCGAUUGGACGUAAGGCGCUCGUGCAAUCAAGCGUUCCAUGGUACAAAUGCUCGCGCGAGUCAUAGAGGGGUAUAUAUACCACCCGUUUCCGACCCUCGUCAGUUGAAUGCAAGAGAUGCCGCCCAAGAAGAUGACAAAGGCUACAGGUAAAGCCAAGAUGAACCGUAGAAAGAAGGCCCAAGAGGAGGAGGCCCAGGACCUGCCGCAGCAGCCGAGCCCUGUUCAUGAUCCGCCUGAGCCUGCCGACGAGGGGGAAGAGCCACCAGACCAACCAGCUGAGCCUUUAGAGCCUGAUGGGUACAGUGAGGAUGAGGAUGAGCAAGAUCCUAGCAAACAGAAAUCCUUGGACCUGACUCCAGAGCAGGAACAAGAGCUGGCAGACUUUUAUCAAGAAAACCCCUGCUUCUAUGAUAAAAGUCGGAGUGACUUUAAAAACUCUAAGAAAAAGGAUCGCCUAAUUCAGGAAAAGGCAGCAGCUAUGAAUUUGACUGUGGCAGACAUCCGGCUCUGGUACAGAUCCCAGCGGACCAUCCUGGGCAAGGUCCAGAAAAAGAAGAGUGGCCAAAAAAGAUGCAACCUUACAGCCAGGCAGAAGUGGGUGGAAAGAAAUUUAGGCUUCCUGACAAGGCACAUAGUGCACCGACCACAGGGAUCCCAGCUCGGACAAGUACCAGCUGAUGAAGAGGAUGAGGAUAGUGAGCCCUCCUCCUCGGUUACACAGGCACCCACUAGGAAGAAGAAGAGGAAGAAGAAGGACUUGGAUACAGCAAUCAUUGACCUGCUGGAGAAGACUGACAGGCAGACGGUCGACCUGACGGCUAAGGUGGACGCAGCAAUGAGCCACAGCAGCGACGAGAAGCAGGCCUGGGUGGACUGGAUGUUGCAAGCCCUCCAACCCCUCCCUCGACACCUCUGGUGGGACUUCACGAAAGAGGCAUUCGCCCUCGUCAACAAGUACCAGGACAGGGCGGACAGUGAGCAGCAGGAGCACUUUGCACCGCAGCCCCUGCAACAGCCACAUAGACCAGCGACCCCUCAGAUGGUUCCGGUCAGACCAGCGUCAGUGCCCACCCAAUGGCCUCAAGACCUCACACAGAUACAGCCCCAGCCCCAGAUGUACCACCAUAUGUAUUCCCAGUCUUCAGACGUUUUGGCCGCCGCCGCCCGUGUCCUGAAUGAGUGGUAAGUGAAGUCCCAGCAGCAGCAGGAGAUUCCGAAUAUGUAU